AUGGAUGUCGAUGGGAAUAGGCGACAUGAUCGAUGCAGCCCCGGACCGCCAGAGUUAUUUGACAGGGUCAAGGAAAAUGACAAGAGCAUGGAAACACUACAACGGCGGAAGCUGAGCAUUCGAAAAAGCAGCAAUUCCUGGCUUAUAAUAGUUUUUUGCAUGGUCGCAUAUCUCACAACCCUGACCAAUGCCGCGUUCAUUAAUUUCGACAAUUGUUUAGAGGCCAACCUUUUGAAUGAUCCAAGCCAACUGCAAUUCGUCCCCCAGUUCUUCUCUGUCGUCUACGAUCCUUCACCCGGCCCAAAUCCAAUAGAAAUCAUCAUUUACGGAAAUGUCACUGGAAAUGGCGAAAUUGUCAAUAUAGUCAAUAAUGAUGGAAAUGAGACAUACACCACCCUAUUCACAACACUCGACGUGCUCAACUUUACGCCAUAUGACCAUGCGACCGAAUUUUGCCAAAACGUCACCCAAGGCAGCUGUCCUCUUGGGCCUGUUCUCAACGUCAACGGGAGCGACCCAAGUCAGCUUCGAGCAUUCGCAGUUCAACAUGAUCUUCAAACAUCAUAUCAGCUAGCCAGUUUAGCUGCCACCCUGCGCAUCAAGUCCGGCGACACAGCAGGUACGGAUCUGGGCUGUAUAUCUGGAAUCAUCACGCCCGACCUGGGGGGAACACUCAGAGGAGUAUUUGCAUUUUUACCUCUUGCGGUACUGGUCCUUCUUACUCUUGCAAAUAUCCUCGCAUCUACUUAUAGUCCCUGGGGAUCGACCGACAUAUUCCGUUGGACGAGCAAUUAUGGCCGAGAUGAAGAUCUUUUACGACUAGUUACCCCAGGAUUCGCGGACUGCCUACAAUAUAUUCAGUUCAUUGUGCUCACCGGAGCUUUGUCACUAAGUUAUCCCGGAUACUACCAGCCAGUCGUAUCUUCAGGAGCGUGGUCGAUUCUCAUGUUCAACCAGAGUUUCGCAAGUCAUGGAGGUGGAAUAGACCCGGUUGUCGAUGGUAUAUACGUUGUCAACGGGACUUAUGGCUUUGACCGCUUCCGACAAUAUGUCGGCUUGGAGAGUAUCAGGGACGUCUGGCCGGGAUCAAUUGUCUGGUUACUGGUGAUUUUGUUUGUGGUGACCGUGUUAACUCAAAUUGCGUUCGGCGCUCAAUGGAUCUACCAUCGCAUGGCUCGCGUUGUAGAGGAGGAUCUACGGUCGAAAAAUAUGCCGUUUACCGUUGGCAACAUCAUCCGCAUUACUUUCAACUUCUUCCUAUUACCAACUCUAUCCCUUGCGCUCUAUCAACUUGUUAUCGCGGGAAAUUCCGCCGCGUAUGCUGUUGCAUUGGCAGUCAUAUUAAUCUUAGCCAUUCUCCUUUUUGCCCUCUGGAUGAUUCGCCUUAUUGUCUCCGCACGACCUCGGGUAUAUCUAUUUGACGAUCUUCCGACUGUCCUCCUAUACGGACCUCUCUACAACACUUAUCGAGAUGAUGUUGCUCCAUUCGCUUUGGUACCUAUUUUCAUCACCUUUCUCCGCGCCAUCGCAAUCGGCGCCCUGCAACCUUCAGGUGUUGCUCAAGUUGUUCUGCUUGCAAUAUGUGAAGUGGCUAUGAUUUUGCUUCUUGUUGCCUUUCGACCAUAUGCCUCACCAACAUCAAUGAACCUCUAUCAGAUUGUUUUCUCUCUUGUGCGCUUUUUAGUCGUGCUUCUGAGUGUCACCUUUGUACCGUCUCUGGGCAUUUCAGAACAGACUAAAGGUUGGAUUGGAUAUGCCAUCUUGAUUCUGCACGGAGCGAUGCUGGUAUUUGGGUUUUUUCUGAACGCUCUGCAGACCCUCAUAGAAGUGAUUGCUCGACUUGCAGGAGCCGGAGGCGUAGAAGGAGGUGCUACUCGAGGUGGCCUCACAAAAGUCUUCGGUGCAAGACAGCUCUCUCGACGCAAUCCCCGAAGCAGCACACGUCAAAGCAUGGCAUCAGAAGCAGCUAUGCUCGCCAACAUGGACGAACGUUCAUCAGCGCAAUUUGGCGGCUCUCGAGCGAGAAGUAUAUCUGGAAGUUCUGCAAUGCUUCUAAAUCGCCAGGCUAUUAGCGAUGGUCGAGUAAGUAUUGCCUAUGAUGCCGGUAGUGCACAUGGUGGUCCACAUAGUCGAACAAACAGUGGAAUGUACACUCCUACCACUCCUGGCGCUAGUAGUGCAUUCUCUCACCCUGCUGGUUAUCUCCCUAUGGGCACACCAAAGAGUGGUUCUGUUAUCGGCUUCAAGCCUGAGGCGAUGGAUCCUUACUAUCGGCCACCUCGCCCUCGAACACAGACCAUAGAUACUCAACAGUCUGGCGGUGAAGGUCGAGCACAAGCUACGUCUGGCAGCGAUACUGAGGAUGUCGCUCUCGAAAGUGCUGGUCAACCUGUCCCAGCACAUCUCGGUACUGCUCGAGAUGACGCUGAUCUCGAUGAUGGCCGACCGAACCGCAAAGACUAUGCUGUCCGCGAAGUCGACUUCUACUAUCGAGUUCGUGGUCCUGCAUUGUCUCAUACCGGGACUCGCAAAUUGAAAACGGGGCCGGCAGACCCAACAGGGCCCGUCUCAUCGGCAUCAGGUUGGUUCCGUCGGUUACUAGGUGGAAAGACGAAAGAACAAGGUAAAGGAUUUGAGGUGAUUCGAAGCGCUCGAGCACCUCCUGCGGGCAUGUUUCCACCUGCCGAAGACCCGGAAUACCACGAACCGUACAGAGAUGAGCCUGACUCACAGUCUCCUGAUGAGGCUGGAGAGGUGAGUCACAGCCGAAAUGUGUCUGGUGUUACCGCGACAUCCUACCACGAUUCGGAUGGGACGGAGGAAGAAAAGGACGAACAGCAAACGGAGUCGUUCAAAUUGCCACAGAUCGAUGCUGGCGGCUCAAUCGAACUUCCUAGUCGGGUCGGCUCGCGGACUAGUACGAACUCAAAUCGUCCUCCUGUGCCGAGAAAGAGCUCGAGGAGACAUGGACCCCAAGACUCUCUAGACGAAACACCAUCGUUAUUACCUAUUCCAGGUUCACCCGAUAGCGCAGCACACACAUCUCGCAGAAUACCCAGCUCCAACCUCCUUCACCCAGCAGGCGAAUCUGAGGCUCGGCUACCCUUUGCACCAAGCGAAGCCGGUAGCGGAACAAGUCAAGAACGCCAGGGGUCAACAGCAUCUUCUUCAUCUACAUUUCAACGUGUAGCAAGUGCUGAACCAGGGCGACCGUCUGGCAUGGGCUAUGUAGCACAUCAUCGAACAGGUGCUAGCAUUCAUCAGCUAGACUCCGAACACCCAGUGACUGGCAGCACGGCAGAAUUGGUCGAGCAAAGCACCGACACUCUAUCAAGUCAUUCGCACCGAACUACUCCUUAG